CCCAUAUCAAUAAAACCAUCAUGGCACUUUUAUCCUCCAAAACUCUCAUCAAGGCCCAUGCCUGGGGUUUGUUUAUCCUCGCCGUCUACCUAAUGCGAUCGCCCGAAUUCAUCACCGACUCCGAUAUCGUGUUUAUGCUGGGGGAGGUUCUACGCAUUGAUGCAGCCCCAUCGCUGUCGCGCCCACAAUCCCCCUUCGCCGCCUGCGGCAUUCUCCUAAUCGCCGAAGCCCUGGUCGACCUGAUUCUCGUGACGAAAGUUCCACCUCUCAACGAGGUCGUCGAGAUGGCCGAAGCAGCGCGCCAGCACUCCUCCAUUCCGGUCGCAGGAGCCAUGCGGACAAACCCCUUCCUUACCCGACUCGCCACCAUGUACUCGGAGAUCUGGACGCUGCUGUCCGCCUCGCGUUUCUGUCUUUUCUUCGCCGUGUCGUUCUUCAUCUACCAGGGUAAACAAGUCGCAUUGGGAGUGGGAACUACCCCGGCUGCGGGCUAUGGGGCUGCACCGGAAGCGGUGUCCGGUCUGGAUCAUCUGAAGAGCCGGGUGAUCUUCACUUACGGGUUCAUGGAGAUGAUGUUCUGGUUAUGGAUCUAUCUCACGGUCCGUGACGAGCGACAGGAGAUCGCGGCUCGCAUCGUCGACGGAGAUAGGCAGGUGCAGUAAAUGCUGUAUCGAUCGGGACAGUCGGUUGGAGAGCAAUCUCCUCUUCCAUGACCUCAGAGAUCAUCAAUCCCAUCUACGCACCAUUCCGAUUACCACACACACCCUGGUCCCCUUUCUCGGUUCAGUCGUGCUGCUGAUGAUAGAAGGAGUUAUGUACGGGGCGUGUUUCAUUGAAUCCGUACGGUGGAGAUCCAUCACAGUACUGGAAGGAGUAAUUUUUUGACAUGGAGUCGGCACGUCUCAGGAUCGCUGUCUAUAUUUACCGACCUCUAUCAGCCUUCCUCGGCACCAGUAUUACAUUCUCGAGCUGGUUCUAUACAGAUCAUGCUCGUGUCAUAGAACCUUCGAGGGAUAUGGUCACGCUGGGAGACACCUUGGCAGAAAGUGCAGACUCAUCGCCGGCUUCAUCGGUGUCCGAAUACUAAAAUCCCUUGCAAUGUUUGGGUAAACGCCCUUGUCAACGAGUCGAUGUCAUACAUUGCGGAGACACCCGGCGUUUUGCGGGGAUCACGAAAACCGACCUGGG